AUGAAUAACCCAACAAUUGUCUUCUCGCUCGGCGCCUGGAUUAUUCCGGCUGUCUUUGAUGCUACCCGCUCCCGGCUGGAUGUCCUCGGAUGUCCUUCUGUCUGCCCCGCUCACCCUUCAAUUGGUGCGGAGCCCCCUACUAAGACACUGUUGGAUGAUGUCGCCUCACUCCGUGAGGUUUUGGUGAAGCUCGCGGAUGACGGCCAAGAUUUGGUUGUUGUGGGUCACUCCUACGGUGGAGUCGUUGCCUCAUGUGCCGUUGUAGGGCUGAGCAAAAGUGCCCGUGCCAAAGAAGGAACAGCGGGUGGUGUGAUCAAGGUGGUCUAUCUUGCCGCAUUUGCUAUUGAUAAGGGACAGAGCUUGCUGGGCAUGCUGGGCGGAAACUAUCUGCCCUGGAUGAAGGUAGAAGGUGACUACGUCCUUGCAGAUGGUGCUGGAGCAGUUGGUUGGCAAGAUCUUCCCCUUGAAAAACAAGAAAAGUGGAACGCAUUGUCACUGCACACUUCCCGUGCAGUCUUUUCCGGCGAGUCAACAUAUGAACCCUGGAGAGAUAUUCCCUGCGCCUACAUCAUUUGUGAACAAGAUCAUGCUCUGCCUCCUUCUUUCCAAGAGCUAUUUGCUUCCAAGAUGGGUGGCCCGGAAAACACCUACCGUCUCCCAAGUUCGCACUCCCCAUUUUUGAGUAUGCCAGAGCGUUUGGCAGAUCUCUUGCAUCAAGUUGUUAAGGCAUAA